AUGCUUAGAUUUAUUCCUAUAAAGUCUUCAAGGUCACAUGGUGGAUGUGAGACUUGUAAAAAGAGGAAAAAAAAGUGUGACCAGCAGAAGCCAUGUUGUGGAUGGUGUGCCAAACGACAUACUCCAUGUGUGUACAAGAAGUUUGUGUUUGCACGGCGUAGAAACACAAGAAGUUCAUUUGAUGUCAGGAAUUCAUCUUUAUUAAAUGAAUUUAAGUCUGGAGAUAAUGCCACUGUCAGCCAAAAAACUGGAAAUUUGGUGGCAACAUCUUCCAAGUGUGAAAACAAUGAUAAUAAGCCCAAGAGAAAAAAAAGAAAGAUAUCUUCUGGAAAGAAAUUCAAUAAAAGUGUACAAGAUUGGAAGUUGGAAAAUGUGGGAAUGAGUCCCCCAAAAAGAAAGGCUGAUAUGGCGAAAACUGGUGAAUCUUUGAUGGAUAUCUCGAAACAAGAUACAGAAAUUUCAAGAGAUCAGAACUCACAAACUACUUUCAACUUGGAUAACAUACAUUCUGGAGGAUUUUCAUUCGAGGCAGAUUUUUUCAAAGGUUCAUUAAAUGCUGGUGCAGACGACAAUUUUAUUGAUAUCAAAAAUAUAAUUGAAUCUAUAUUGCAUCCUUCCCCACGAAAGCAUGUAAAUACUCCACCGGAUUCAACGUCGAUAGAAUUAGGAAAAAUAGAUGGGCAACCCGGGAAUGGUACAUUUGAGAGGACAUUUCACAAAAAUCUUCAAGAGCUGUCCUUGUUAGUGGGAAGGGAUAACAAGAAUGAACAUUUUGACAUGGACCUAAGUGCUCGCUCUUUUUUAAUGAACUUUAGAUACUUCGCUUCUGAUUCGGAUAAAUAUAAUCGAAGUUUUGAUCUUUUUCUUCCAUUAGCGUAUCAAAAUGAGGCAGUUUUUUAUGCGGUUUCUGGGUGGGGACUACUUGUCCUGAAAAAUGGAAACCAAAAAGCGAAAGCACUUAAUUUUCUGAAGAAGUCAAAAAAAUUAUGCAAUGACAUGCAAAAGUAUAUUGAGGAGGAACUUCCGAGCUUGGAUAGAUAUAACCUAAUCUCACUUGUUGUUGGACUUAGCUGCCUUAUGUUUGCAGCGUCAUCCGUUGGAGAUAUUACAAGAUGGAAGGAGAACUUUGAGGAUCUUUAUCAUACACUUCAUAAGGUUGGAUUGGAAACAUUUUUCGAGAACGUGAAAGAUAGUCCAGUGGGUCUUUGGGUUCUUAAUUGCUUUUUUUACAACGAUGUUUUGAAAGUUGUCAGGGUUACUGAUGAUCAAAAAGUCGGAACUUUAUUCCCUUUAUCAAAGUAUAAGAAAAUAAUCAACUUCAAUUUUGAAAAGAUGGACCAUACAUUAGAAGCAGACGAUUUCGAGGUCCAGGAUGAUUUAAAUUCUGGUGAAAUGAUCGAUAUUAUUGAUCCGUUGAUGGGGUGCUGUAUUGGGCUAUUUUUUCGUAUGGGUGAAAUAAAUACUCUUUACGAUCAAUUUGUCAUUAAGAUAAAUGCAUUAGACGAUACUUGGAUAGCGUUGAGUCAUGAAAUGGAAGAUAUAAAGGGAUUGAAUCUCCUGGAGUUUACAAAAUCUCAAAGAUAUAGACGCUAUGAAGAUAUGCGAUUAAUAUUUCAUGAUUGGGUCAAAGUACAUACAGACAGAUUGGUGCUGCGUCUUCACAACACGAUGCCUCGUAUAAUAGCAUUAAGAACAAUUCGGGAACCUGAAAGAAGGGAAUAUUAUCUGACGUUUUUCAGGGUAUUGCAAAUUGCUAUGGAACUUUUCUUGGAAAUAAAACUAAAGGAGUCACCACUCAAGGCGUUGAACGUUAAGAGACUAAUGGUCCAUUGCUACAGAGACAUGCGUCAGUUAAUAAUACCGGAUUUUGUUCGUAAAUUAACAUUUCCUCUUUUAGUGGUUGGUGCAGCUGCUUGUGAGAAAAGAGACCGCAUAAUUAUUGAGGUGAUGUACCUAGAGAUGUAUAAAAUUUGGAAGAAUGAAAAUCUAGCCAAAAUAUGGUCUAUCAUUCAGGAGUUCUGGAAACUUAACCCAAACGGGGAUACUUUUGAUAGAUCUCAGAAUAUUAUCAAUAAGUUGGAUUGGAAUAUAUGCUUGGUAUAA